AUGCCCGUCACUAACUUCAAACACGCUGAUCCAUAUUCCUACCAGAACGGCUUUGACUCGUACCAUGAGUCGGAGGCUGUCAAGGGAGCUCUGCCUAUAGGGCAGAACUCGCCACAGAAGGUACCGUAUGGGCUCUAUGCUGAGAAGCUCUCGGGGACAGCUUUUACUGCCCCUAGACAUGAGAACAGACAGACUUGGGUGUACCGAAUCCUCCCCGCGGCUGCUCACCAGAAUUUUGUGGCCGAAGAUGGCGACUCAUACCACACCCACAUGACCACCGAAACACAGAAGCUUCACCACAUCCCAAACCAGCUUCGGUGGGAUCCCUUCGACUUGGAUGAGACUGUGGAUUGGGUCCACGGUCUUCACCUUGUUGCUGGUGCCGGUGAUCCCACUCUCAAACAUGGCCUGGGCAUAAUCCUAUACGCUGCGGGCAAAGACAUGGGGAAGGAAGCCUUCUACUCUGCCGACGGCGACUUUUUGAUCGUGCCGCAGCACGGUGUGCUAGAUAUCCAGACUGAAUUGGGACGCCUCCUGGUUCGGCCCAAUGAGAUCUGCGUGAUUCCUCGUGGUGUGAGAUACCGUGUGACUCUUCCGGCAGGACCGGUAAGGGGAUACAUCUGUGAGCUCUAUCAGGGCCACUACCAGCUUCCCGAAUUGGGACCCAUCGGAUCCAACUGUCUUGCCAACGCGCGAGACUUCCAAGCGCCGGUUGCCUACUUUGAAGACGAGGAAGAGCCAUCUGAAUUCCGUCUGUACAGCAAGUUCAACAAUACGCUCUUCUCCGCCCGUCAGAACCACACCCCAUUUGACAUUGUUGCUUGGCACGGAAACUACUACCCUUACAAGUACGAUUUGGGCCGUUUCAACACGAUCGGUUCUAUCUCUUUCGACCACCCGGACCCGUCCAUCUUCACCGUCCUCACUGGCCCGUCCGACCACAACGGCACUGCCAUUGCCGAUUUCGUUAUCUUCCCGCCCCGCUGGCUGGUGGCGGAGAACACCUUCCGCCCGCCAUGGUAUCACCGCAACACCAUGUCUGAAUUCAUGGGUUUGAUUUGCGGUGCAUAUGAUGCCAAGACUGGUGGAGGCUUCCAGCCGGCGGGCGCCAGUUUGCACAACGUCAUGAGCGCCCACGGUCCGGACAAGGACGCCUUUGAAGGUGCUAGUAAUGCUGACUUGAAGCCGCAAAAGGUCGGCGAUGGCAGCAUGGCCUUUAUGUUUGAGAGCUGUCUCAUGGUCGGCGUGUCGGAAUGGGGCCUGAAGACCUGUCAGAAGGUGCAAGAACAAUACAACGCGCACAGCUGGCAACCGCUGCAGAGGCAUUUCCGGAACCCGAACACUUCCGUGGACACAAUGUGCAAGGACGACCAUUAA